UCCACUUCCUGCUGUGACAAAACAAAUUUCCCACGUGUGGGACUAAUAAAGGUUAUCUUAUCUUAUCUUGUCUCUCUGCCUCCCCCUGGCGGCCGCUCCGCCUCACAGCCACAGAAGCUGCUAACAAUUGUCAAAACUGAAUGAAAUUUUUUCCACGGGAGCAGCUCAAACCCUGGUGUCUGACACACGCACAGUUUUUGAAAAGAACUUAACAAGCGUUUCGAAAGCAUUAGAAAAAUAUUUGCGCUGGAGGAACGAGGGAGGGGCACACCACCCCGUACUCAUCAGUCCCUUCACCUCCAACCCAAGAUCACUCUGCAGUCACUCAAGGGCGCACUCCCACACGGUUAUACACACACACACUGAGAGAGAGAGAGAGAGAGAGAUGCAGGUAUUAACUGGAGGUGGAGAGAGGAGCGCACAAACUGCUGUCCGCUGGGACUCCUCUCAGAGGACAUGAGGGGAUGCGUUUCGGUGCCGGUGGCUGUCCGUCCUCAUCUCCUUCCCAUAGAAAGUCGCCUCCUAUGCCGAGCGGAGACGCAGGUAUAGAGUCUUCUUCCACCUGGCAGCCUGCUUCUUCCCAUCCCGGCGCUCCACGCGCCGCACCUCUCUUUUCUAGUGAGCAGAAGGAGGGAGGCAGGGAGGAGGAGGAGGAGGGGGGGGAGGUUUUACUCGGCGGAGAAGGGGAGAAUAACAUCACGUUAAAUGAGUCGCGCGUGCCUUUUGUGUGCCGUGCGUUAAAGCCGUGGUGAAUGUGAUGCCGGGUCUGCAAGCAGCACAGAUGACUUGAGCCUCGUUCUGCAAAGAGAAGACUCACCGUUAACCAUGGCUGACCAGGUAAGGCGACGCAGAUGUUCCACUACAGCCUCGCGCGCUCUGCACAAUAGCCAGCCACGCACUCCAGUACAGUAUGUUUCUAACGACGGCACCCCCGCUUCGACGAGGGAGCACACCCCUGCCUGUCAAGCACCAGCUGCGGAGGGAAGAGGCCGUAUCCGAGGACUGUGAUUGGAUCCCGGGCUUGGAGGAGCCUACCACGUUGCCUAUCAGUGACACAGCGGUGCCUCGGGAUGAGUCCUUCAGCCAAUCGGCUGCUGCCCAGUCAUCUUACCACAGCCAUGGCGGGGCACUGAGGAUAGUGCUACUGGGACAGAAUGGCGUGGGCAAGUCGUCGCUGGCCUUAUCUCUGGCCGGGCAGUCAGACAGAUCCCUCUCUAUAGACUCUGAGACACAAGCAUGUGGUGAGGGCUACGAGUAUACGGUGACAGUGGACGACGAGGACAGCAAAGUCAUCAUUUUUGACAACUGGAAACAGGACCUCUCCACACUGCAGUGUGAUGUGUGUAUCCUGGUCUUCUCAGUGACAGACAGGCGAAGUUUUCACCGCACCGCCCAGCUCCGCCUCCUUCUCAGGGAGUCCCAGCCACAAACCCCAAUCAUCCUUGUGGGCAACAAGAGUGACCUAGUGCGGUCCCGUGAAAUCAGCUCCGAGGAGGCCCAGUCCAGCGCCAUGAUGUUUGACUGCCUCUACUUGGAGCUCUCGGCCUCCUUAGAACACGGCACCAAUGAGCUGCUGGAGGCGGCAGUGCGGACCGCGAGGGGAGACUGCGUCGGCCCCGGAUGGACGGACGGUGACCCCGGUGCUGGCCGCAGGGAGAGCCUGACGAGCCGGGCCAAGCGCUUCCUGGCCGGUCUCGUGCCCCGAUCGUACGGCCGAGACAGGGACCGCGAUCGAGGCCGCUACAGGGAGAUGAGCCGCCACAGGGGCAGCAAAAUCCUUCGGCAGAAGUCCCGCUCCUGUCAUGACCUCAGUGCACUGUGACACACACCCACACACAUAAAUGCAGGCAAAUAGACACACUCAACAUGAACACAGACAUACACCAAAUUGAAAGAAAUGGAGGUGAGGGUGGGGGGGGAGCUAAAAGACUGAGGAGUAAAAGGAGAUCGAGCUGGAGGGACAUCAUGAAAAGGACUGGAGCAGGCUCACAGGAAUGGGAAAAUUAGAGAGGUGUAAGUAGAUAAAUUUAGCCGCGGCAGAGGAAGGUCAGGGGAGGAGAAAGUGGGAGCAAACAAUGAACAGAUAGCCCGAAACCCAUUUCGGGAGAGCGAAAAAUCAACGAUAAGGAGGGGAGCUCCAUUUGUUGCUCCGGCUUGGGUGAGUCAGUGAGCACUCGUUACCUGAUGAGAGCCGGCGAGGGAAGAUUAGCAAGAGAGUUGGAUCAAGCUGGCGAUUUGACGCUUAAUGUCGCGAAAUGAGAAGCAGACUGGGGUCACAAAUAAACACACACCCAAGUAGCACGCACUGAUAAUGUAGAGACUGAUAGCAAUCUAAUGUAUACCUGUUAUAGACCCUGUUUUAUAGCAUGCAGAGUAGACGAUUUAAGACAUGAUCCUGUAGGUUUUACAGUUACACGAUUCUGUACCUCAGUGGCCAAUAGCUAAUGCACAAUCUAGCUAGUGUCUCUAGCAACGCCAUCUCAAAGGCAAGACUAUUUAUAAAAGUGCUCCAUCUCCGCGCAUCUUUGGCCAGUUUCCACACUGCAUCCACUGUUCUGUCCCCAUAUUGAUUUAAAGUAGUGUUUGAUGAUACUGCCUGUGGCACAUGUUCAUUUGAGACUUUUAUACAAGGUUUAAAACGUCAGCACCCAAGCCAUAACUUUUGCUGAAUGCACCACGAGUGAUCAGCACAAAAAACCCUUUACUGGAGGAUGUGAAGCAAAGGAGAAAAGGUCAAGACGGCUAUAAGGACUAAGCCGUUGGCAGGGAUAACCAGACUGAACUCUUCUUCAAUCGAAGCUGAGUCACAGAACACUGAGAUACUCUUGAAGCGCAGGAGGACAAAACAAGAAAACCUAAUCUACCUGUGGCUGUUUGAUGUAUUCCUUCUCUUCCCUUUUUUACCCACUGGUGUCAUUAUUAUUAUUAUUAUGAUGAUGAUGAUUCUUAUAAUCAUUAUUAUUAUUGUUAUUAUUAUUAUUAUUAUGUGUGUUUCGACUGAAUUCUGUGGGGGCUGGCCACACAGGUGACCCAGAAAAGAACGUUCUGGAAACGUUGUUCUGAUAUCUCAUCAAGCGUGGCGGCGUCACUGACACUUCCUCACUUGUUUGUCAUGGUCUACUGAGCACUCUCGUCUUUACCACUGAGAAUAAAUAAAGAUUUCUUUGACAUCCAA